AGCACGUCUCCUUCCCCCAUCAUAAUUUCUUCUUAAUUAAUUAAUCCCUUCUUGACUCUCCAUCUUCAUUACUGCGUCUUGUGUUUACAUGAGAUGGGGGAUUCGGGGGAGAAGCUCACUCUCUACUCCUACUGGCGGAGCUCCUGCUCUCAACGAGCCCGCAUCGCCCUCAAUCUCAAAGGGUUGGAUUAUGAGUACAAAGCAGUGAAUCUUCUAAAAGGCGAGCAAUUGAAUCCAGAGUUUGAGAAGAUCAAUCCAGUUAAAUAUGUCCCUGCACUAGUUGAUGGGGAUAUAGUAGUUGCUGAUUCGUUUGCAAUCAUAUUGUAUUUGGAAGACAAGUAUCCCCAGAAUCCUCUCUUACCUCAAGAUCUUAAAAAGAAAGCCUUGAAUCUUCAGAUAGCAAGUAUUGUCAGUUCAGGUAUUCAGCCUCUUCAGAAUCUUCCUGUACUGAUUAAUAGAACUCUUCAGCAAUACAUUGAGGAAAAUCUUGGUUCUGAGAAAAAACUUCCAUGGACUCAACUUCAUAUCAACAAAGGCUUCACGGCUCUUGAGAAACUGUUGGCUGGUGUUGCUGGAAAAUAUGCUACAGGAGAUGAAGUCCUAUUGGGAGAUGUGUUUCUAGCACCCCAAAUUUACGCGGGAGUGAAGCGCUUUGCAAUUGACAUGUCUAAUUAUCCUACGCUGGCAAGGCUCCACGAAGCCUAUAUGGAGUUACCCGCAUUUCAAGCCGCACUCCCUGAAAGACAACCGGACGCGCCUUCCUCACCUUAGCAGCCUCAGCGGAAGUUGGAUCGCCCACUCAGCGUAUGUCAUCAAGAAUAAAAAAGUUCGGUGAGCAGUUGUUGUGCCCUUUCUGACUUGUAAGAAUACUGUAAUUUUAAUGUUGUCUCGAAAAAUCUAUAAGAUUCUACUAGCUGAGUGAAAAAUAUGUAUGUGUAUGUGCUUGAAGCUCACGGUUAUGAACUUCAAGAUAUGCUUCGAUAUCAAUAAAAGCGCAAGACUUUGUGGUUACUUCUUUGUA